UGCCGGCGGUCCCCAAACUUGUAAAAGCAGAGACCAGGAACUGCAGGACGCAGGCUCUGCUACCUCCUGCAUUCUUGCCUCAGGCCGGCAGGGUGCACAAACGCUGAAACUCUGCACAGGGAUAAAAACGUUACCAGUCUCUGAAUGUAAUCUUUUCCCUCAUUCCACUGAAAAUCCAAACCAGAGCCGCAGGUCCCUGGAGACUGCAUACUUGGCAACUUUUUGUAAGGCUGACUAGACAUCCAGAUUAAGGGCUGAGAGGAAAACGUCCAUGCACACAGUGCACCGGUGGUCAGCUCACUGCCGCUGAAGAUGAAGUUUUGGUUUAUUAUAGCUUUCCUUGUGUGCCACGACCUUCUCCAGAAUGUUGUUUGUCAACAAAAGGAUAAGCCAAAUCGUCCACGAGGCUCUCCUCCUAAGAGAAGACUUCCCAGACCAAAGGAUAAAGAUUCAACUGUAAUGACACGUGUUAUGGACAAAGGACGGUUUGUCAAGCUUGGCAGUACACUUAGUGUGUCUGCCGGCCCAAAUAUUGAGCUUCGUUGUCGGGGAACUAAAAUUGGAUGGAGUUACCCUGCAUAUCUGGACACGUUCAAGGACUCUCGACUCAGCAUAAAGCAGCAUGACAAGUACAGCCAGCUAGUCCUUCAGAACAGCACAGCCGCAGAUACAGGCGAGUUUAGCUGCUGGAUUUGUGAAGACUCAGGCUGCACCAAGGAUGAAUCCAAAAGCGCCUCCACCUACAUUUUCUUCUCAGGAAAAGGUGAUAUAUUUGUACCUUCGACUAGCUACUUUGAAAUUGUUUACCUUUACCCUGAUAAGGCUGCCAUUAUCCCUUGCCGAGUGACCCAUGCAACAGCAAAAGUGACACUGCAUAGAGAGGUGCCAGCGGAGGAAGUCAUAGUCGAUGGGACUGAGAUUGCCUAUGAUAUAAAGAAAGGCUUCAUCAUUCAGAAUCCUUCUUUUGAACACAAGGGAGUGGUAUACUGCAAGGCUGCUUUGGGAGGAACUUCUCACAUGUCAAUCAAAUAUCAGCUGCUGUUAGUAGAAGACUCUGCCAGAAUCUAUAAAGGAAGAAGCAAGCAGUCUAGGAACUCAAUAACAGCACUUUACACUACUGGAUUAUCUCACACAGACUGCAGUAAAAAAGUUCCAAGUGGCCCUCCGUAUGUGGCAAUUGCGGGUCCAAAUCAUGUCCACGCUGGUGCAAAUUUUAAUGUCACAUGCACUGUCCUUGGAGAACCAGAAGUGCAAGUCGAUUUCAACUGGAUUUACCCAGGAGAGAAGGAUGAAAGACCUGUCACUAUUCAAGAAAGCUCAAGAUUAAUCAACCGAGGAACUGUACACACUACCAGAAUGUCUCAGAGCAUCAUUAUUGUUCAAGAUUUUGAAACUAUAGACACUGGAGACUACAUGUGUACAGCUUCAAAUCCACUUGGAGAAACAACAGUUGCAGUCCGUGUUGAUUCUUACUAAAUUUAAAGUUGCUGUGCAGAGUAUAACUAACUUGAAAAACAUAUCUAGCAAGUCCUAUUUUCUUGGUGCGUACUUAUAAAGAGUGGGGGUGGGUGGAGGGGUUCUUUUAGCAGAUGACCCCAUUUGUUUACAUCUUUUCCUUAGUUUGUCAAGGUUUCAUCUCAUAUGGAAACAAAUUUGGCAUCACUCCCACUCAGCUUAAUUCUUUAAAAAAGAGUAAAAUUAUUUUUAAUUAAAAUAUAUACUAUAUAUAUAUAUUUGUACAGUAUAUGUCACAGUAUAUGCAUUUAAGUCAUGGAAAUGUGUGACUUGGUGCUUUUUAACUGUAUGUUCACAGUAUUUUUACAAUAGGAUUUAGUUUUGUAAAUUUAGUAGUAUGCUGCAAAAUGGCAACAUCAUGAUAAUUUACUUUAUUAUGCUUUUUAAAUAUUAAUAUACAAAAUGUUUUCUUUUACUGCAGGUUGGUAUACAAAAUGUCUUCUUUUACUGCAGGCUGGUAAUAUGUCGUUCUCUUUCUCUCACUAUUUGUAUCUCUCAUAAUCUUCCUUUUUAGUGGGCUGUCACCAAUAUGCAGUUUGCCAUAAAUCAAGUCAAUAUUUAAUAUGUCUGUCCUGAUUGUACAUUUUAUUCCCAUCUGUUUUCGUCAUUGUGUUAAUGAAGCAAAACACAGUAAGUACACUUUAGAAACAUAGGAUGCAGUUUUAUGAGAAAUGGUAUCUGUGCUUUUACCAAAAUGUGUGACACUCUGAAGCCCCUUCUUCAAUUUCCUGCUCUCACUGUCAGUUUUUCAUCAACACUUUAAUGUACAUAUUAGUUUGGUUUUCAUAUAUGCAUAAAGGUGUACCUUCAAUUGGUCCGAAUUCUAUAAAUAAAAUUAAUAUGCUAAAUAACUUGA